CGCCCCGCACGGGACCCGCUCCGGCCCCGGCCGGCCGCCGCCUCUUCCUUCCCCAGCCCGCAGGCCCUCGCCUCCCGGGAGGGGAGCCCACAGGCGCAGGGAGGCCGAGCGCGGACUCGCCACCAGGCUCCAGAAUGGCAGAAGACGAUUCAUAUUUGGGAGCACAUGAACAAAUGUUUCAUUUGGAUCCUUUGACUCAUACAAUAUUUAAUCCAGAAAUAUUUCAACCAGAGAUGCCCCUACCUACAGCAGAUGGUCCAUACCUUCAAAUAUUAGAGCAACCUAAACAGAGAGGAUUUCGUUUCCGUUAUGUAUGUGAAGGCCCAUCCCAUGGUGGACUCCCUGGUGCGUCUAGUGAAAAGAACAAGAAGUCCUACCCUCAGGUCAAAAUCUGCAACUAUGUGGGACCUGCAAAGGUUAUUGUUCAGUUGGUCACAAAUGGAAAAAACAUCCACCUGCAUGCACACAGCCUGGUGGGAAAACACUGUGAGGACGGGAUCUGCACUGUAACCGCCGGACCCAAGGACAUGGUGGUCGGCUUUGCAAACUUAGGUAUACUUCAUGUGACAAAGAAAAAAGUAUUUGAAACACUGGAAGCACGAAUGACAGAGGCAUGUACAAAAGGCUACAAUCCCGGACUUCUGGUACAUCCUGAUCUUGCCUAUUUGCAAGCAGAAGGGGGAGGAGACCGGCAGCUCACGGAUCGGGAAAAGGAAAUCAUCCGCCAGGCAGCUCUUCAGCAGACAAAGGAGAUGGACCUCAGCGUGGUGCGGCUCAUGUUUACAGCUUUUCUCCCAGAUAGCACCGGCAGCUUCACAAGGCGCCUGGAACCCGUGGUAUCGGAUGCCAUCUAUGACAGCAAAGCCCCCAAUGCGUCCAACUUGAAAAUUGUAAGAAUGGACAGGACAGCUGGAUGUGUAACUGGAGGGGAAGAGAUUUACCUUCUCUGUGACAAGGUUCAGAAAGAUGACAUCCAAAUUCGAUUUUAUGAAGAGGAGGAAAAUGGUGGAAUCUGGGAAGGAUUUGGAGAUUUUUCUCCCACAGAUGUUCAUAGACAAUUUGCCAUCGUCUUCAAAACGCCAAAAUAUAAAGAUGUCAACAUCACAAAACCGGCUUCCGUGUUUGUCCAACUUCGGAGGAAAUCUGAUUUGGAAACUAGCGAACCCAAACCUUUUCUCUACUACCCUGAAAUCAAAGAUAAAGAGGAAGUGCAGAGGAAACGGCAGAAGCUCAUGCCUAAUUUCUCUGAUAGUUUCGGCGGCGGUAGUGGUGCUGGAGCUGGAGGUGGAGGCAUGUUUGGCAGUGGCGGUGGAGGAGGGGGUGCCGGAGGUACGGGUCCAGGGUAUGGCUUCCCCCACUAUGGAUUCCCUACAUACGGUGGAAUUACCUUCCAUCCUGGAACCACUAAAUCUAAUGCCGGGAUGAAACAUGGAACCAUAGACUCCCCAUCUAAAAAUGACCCUGAGGGUUGCAGCAAGAGUGUGGACAGAGACGCAGUGAACCUCUCUGGGAAAGUAACUGAACCCACAGAACAAGAUAAGGAGUCUGGCACUGGCGAAGAUGAAGUUACCCUGACGUAUACAGUAGGAGUAAAGGAAGAGAAUUCUAGGUUUCAGGAUAACCUCUUCCUAGAGAAGGCUAUGCAGCUGGCCAAGCGGCAUGCCAAUGCCCUUUUUGACUACGCAGUGACAGGAGAUGUGAAGAUGCUGCUGGCUGUUCAGCGCCAUCUCACUGCAGUGCAGGAUGAGAAUGGGGACAGUGUCUUACACUUAGCAAUCAUCCAUCUUCAUGCCCAGCUUGUGAGGGAUCUACUAGAAGUCACGUCUGGCUUGAUUUCUGAUGACAUUAUCAAUAUGAGAAAUGAUCUCUACCAGACACCUUUGCACUUGGCCGUGAUCACCAAGCAGGAGGCUGUGGUGGAGGACUUGCUGAAGGCCGGGGCCGACCUGAGCCUCCUGGACCGCUUGGGUAACUCUGUUUUGCACCUAGCUGCCAAAGAAGGACAAGAUAAAAUUCUCAGUGUUUUACUCAAGCACAAAAAGGCAGCACUACUUAUCGACCACCCUAAUAGGGAAGGUCUAACCGCCAUUCACAUAGCUGUGAUGAGCAACAGUAUGGCGUGCCUGUUGCUGCUGGUGGCCGCCGGGGCCGACGUCAACGCCCAGGAGAGGAAGUCGGGGCGCUCGGCGCUGCACCUGGCUGUGGAGCGUGACAACAUCUCCCUUGCUGGCUGUCUGCUCCUGGAGGGUGAUGCCUAUGUAGACAGUACCACAUAUGAUGGAACCACACCCCUGCACAUAGCAGCCGGGAGAGGGUCCACCAGGCUGGCGGCUCUUCUCAAAGCAGCAGGCGCAGAUCCCCUCGUGGAGAACUUUGAGCCUCUCUAUGACCUGGAUGACUCUUGGGAAAAAGAUGGAGAGGAUGAAGGAGUCGUGCCUGGAACCACACCUCUAGACAUGGCCACCAACUGGCAGGUGUUCGAUAUAUUAAACGGGAAACCAUAUGAGCCAGAGUUUACAUCCGAUGAUUUACUCGCACAAGGAGACAUGAAACAGCUGACUGAAGAUGCCAAGUUGCAGCUCUACAAGUUGCUAGAAAUCCCUGAUCCAGACAAAAACUGGGCUACCCUGGCACAGAAGUUAGGCCUGGGGAUACUAAAUAAUGCCUUCCGGCUGAGUCCCGCUCCUUCUAAAACUCUUAUGGACAACUACGAGGUCUCUGGGGGGACAAUUAAAGAGCUGGUGGAAGCCCUGAGACAGAUGGGCUAUACCGAAGCGAUCGAAGUGAUCCAGGCCGCCUUCUGCACCCCGGGAACUGCAGCCCCCAGCCCAGGGAAGACCCUCUCACUGCCCCUCUCACCUGCCUCCACAAGGUCACCAGUAGACGAGGUCCGGGACGACAGCAUCUGUGACAGCGGCGUGGAGACCUCCUUCCGCAAACUCAGCUUUACAGAGUCUCUGACCGGCGGCGGCUCCUUGCUGACUCUUAACAAAGUGCCCCGUGAGUACGGGCGGGAAGGACCUAUAGAAGGCAAAAUCUAGCCUGCUGGCAGCGCCCCGCACCAUGUAAAACCAAAGCUCUGAAAUUCCACCACACUGUCCAAAAGAAGGAAGGCGAAGGGCAUCCAGAGGUGCUCAGAGGAAAACCAGCCUGCCUGAAUCACUCGGAAUUUAAUUCAAGGCCUUUUGAAGGUGGCUUCCUUUCUUGGUUCUCACAUGAAUGUUAGUCCGGUCCACUUCCAGCUGCUCCAGCGGUCACGGCGAGCCGGGCUGGCGCCUCCUUGUGGGCGAAUUAGCUUAUUGAGCUUUACCGGCUGCUUUCCAUGGUCACUGCUGCUGUCCCCUUGCUGCGCUCCCACUGUCAUUAAAAGGUGUCCCAGUGUCCACCUGGUGUUAUUUCUGGCCGUCCACAGCACAGGCGUGCACUCAGAUUAAGGAUUAAGAAAAGGAAUAUUUUUAAAUGAGAGUCACACGGUGUAUAAUAAAAAAGGCUUACUGCUUUUUCUAAUGUGGUUAUCUAUGUGAUUUGAAAAAAAGAACCUGUACAUGUCAAUAUUUAAACAUGGUUACAAUCAGUGCUGAAAAUGGUAUUUUCCCCCUUUUCUGCAUUUUGCUAUUGUAAAUAUGUUUUUUAGAUCAAAUACUUUAAAAGAAAAAAUGUUGGAUUUAUAAAUGCUAUUUUUUAUUUUACUUUUAUAAUAAAAAGAAAAGCAAAUUGAUGACCUCAUCUUGUUUGAUCUCCAGAAAUACUUUUCUGAGAUGAUUCCCUGUAAUCACGGGAUUGUUCCACAGCCUGGUUAUCACAUUCACAUUCCCCUUCAGAGUCAAGUUUUUGACCCAGAAAUGAACAAAAAUAAAUGAUCAAAAGAGAAGCGUUUUAAGGUGAGAUGAAAGCUCUGGGUUUGUCGAAUCCUUGCUUGGCUCGUUUCAUUUAGGCUGUAUCGCCUCACCUUACUCCACCUCGUGCAAAAUCAUUCCUCCUCACACCUCGGUGCGUUCCCAGUGCCUCUGUGAUGCAUAAAGUACUUCAGCCGCCUACCAGAGGGCUCGGGACAGGCAGCCUUCCAGCGUGAAUCUCUGCUGAACUGUUCAUCACUCAGAGACUUGGAAAUAAGGGAGAGGAGAAAUGAAAAGCAUUUGAAUGAGGGGCUGUGGUGAACUCUGUGACAGGCAACCAAGAAAGCCUCUUUACCAAAGGACACGUCCACCCGGCCGCUGGGAACACACUUAGCAAAAGGCUUCCACCUGUCAGUUCCUUUGGGGGUUGCUUCAGCCUCAGAGAGCCACCUCACCCAGGUCACACUCGUUUCGCUGAUGGCCCCAAGUAACACUGAUUGAUGCGGUGUACAAAUGCUGGUCGGCCCAGGACAGUAUUUAAGGGCUGUCUGUGCUCAAGCCCCUUCUCGCUGGCUGGGCUGGUGCUUGGGUCCGCGUCACAACACAGGUCUUCCCCCUGCCCAGUUACUGCCUCCUCCCCUGCCCAGCCACAGGCGUUGAUCUUAGGGCACCCCCAAAUAAACAUCCCACUCAUGAAGCUCCAUCUCAGAGCCGGCUUCCAGAGAGCCCAACCUGCACGGGGCUGGGAGCUAAUGGUCUCCGCUUUUGCACAACACAUGAAGUCAUGCAAUCUUGAAAAUGACCCAGAUAUAUACAAUUAUCCCCAACUUACACAGAAGCAAAUUGAGGCCCAAGAAUUCAAGUAAGCAGUGGCUAAGCUGCUUCUGAAUUUAGAUCUGUCUCGUUCCAGAGCUCACGGGUUGGAGAAUUAUCUGAGUGUAGGAUAUGAAAGUAGAUUAAAAUAAUGGAGUCCAGAAGUAGACCCCAAAAUAGGAAGUUAGGAUGUGAUAAAUUUCAAAUCAGUAAGGAAAAGAUGGCUAAUCAGUAAGUGUAUGUUCCAACUGGUUAAUCACUUGGAAGAAGUCAAUCUGAACUCUGAGUUCCCUCCUUUCAUCAAAAUGAUUUCCAAAUAUAUCAAAAAUUAAACCACAGAAAUACUAGAAAUCAUGGAUGAAUAAUCUUGAAAUAGAGGAGGCCUUUCUAAGCAAGACUUUGUUGUCUGGUGUAAAAUCAGUUUGGGUUCUUUGUGUCACCAUGU